UGUUCGCAGGACUCGUCGUCGCGGCCAGACCGUUUUUUCCGGUGUCAGCGGUGCUUACAGUCAGUCGCACUACGCUUCAGGGGAUGUAUUCGAGCCGUUCGCACUCUCAUUACGUUUCGGGGGAUGUAUUCGAGCUGUUCGCACUCGCACUACGUUUCGGGGGAUGUUUUUGAGCCGUCCGCCCCCGCCCCUGCCCGUGGCGGUGAAGUAGCGGGAGCACCAGGUGCGGCGGAGCCGGUGUCGCACCGUCUGAGCCGUUGGCUGAGGUGCAGUCGGUUGUUGACAGAGGUCAAGCUGUCGAAAAUCAGACCUUUUUUUGGUUAGGUUUUUUUUCUUCUUCUUCUUUCCUCUCCCCUAGAGAACAUGGCUGAGGUGGUUAAGUGGUUUCGUUUGCUAGAGUCAGGUCGUGAAAUAAGGUGCGUUAGAGAACAUUUCCCGUCGUUCCGGGAAAUCCCUUCCAGUUUUUCUGUUGUGUCCAGCCUCUCUUUCCAGAUGAAGGUCACACACCGGUCGGAAGAAUUUGUCUUUAUUUAUUAGUUGCAACAGUUGCUUCAGUGGGGCACACAGGGCACACCUCAGCCCAUUCGUCCUAGGACGGUUUGAAUUUGAGGACAUUAUUGUGCUGCUGCAUUCAGAGUCUCAAGUAAGUGAAUAGCAUACAGUCACUGUAGGUGUCUCUUUGUCAAUCCAGUUUUGCCAUAGUAAAAAUUCUUAACAAAAAUUGCAGCUAAGCAGACCUCAUUUCUUGAACACCAGUAAUUCUAGCAGCUGAAAACGCUUUGUGAUCUUCAGCUGCAUUGCAUGGAGAAACAGGUGGUGAAGGGCUGUGCCUCAACACUGCUUUUUGUUCAGGCUGGACAACUUUAUCUAACUCCAAAAAUUAUAAAUAAAACCCAAAGGAAACAGUACCUUUUGAAAAAAAGAACUUUAAUGGUCAUGUAAUUAAAUCCAUGGUACGUUUAAUUGUAUUAUACACUAUUUCAGCCUGAUGAUUUCCUACAAACAUUUGUUCCAACCUCAUUUGCCCCUAGAUUGUGAAAAGAAGUACAUUUCCAAAAGCUAAAUUAACAGUAUCAGCUGGAAUUCUAAUAUAUUGUUAUUAUUCAGAAUUAUUACAGUACAUUUACUGUACUUUUAUUGUUUUAGUUGCAGUUUCACUGUUCUAUUAAAAAAAUUAAGCAGGCUUUUGAAUCUCAACUAUUUAGUAUUGGCCAGCUAUUAGAAAGACUUUUAACUUAUUGAAGUACCAGUAGUUACAGAAGGCACCCUCCAAACGAACUGUUUCUUUCCCCAUUCAAAGAUCAAUCUGCAAUACAGUAACCUUUUGCCUUAUGAAGGUGUGUGAUUUCUAGCUGCAGAAGAACACUAGAAAUGGAUAUUUUGUCAGCUGGGUAAUUACAGCAAGAAUUACUAGUAAUAUUGUUGUGCAUUUUUCUUUGACCAGCUUUGUCACGUUCCUGCAAUUUCACUUUUUAGAGCAGCAAAGCGUGUUCCUAAUGUUGAGCCCAUAGAAGCAAUUCUGGUGUUGAUUGCAUUGGUGUGAUGUCUUAUAGGCGAAGUAUGCAGUGAGUAAACUUCUCCAUGAGGGACAGUAGAACUUCAAGUGAUCUUUGCUCUGUUUAUAAUGCCAUGCACAAAUAUUUUCCUGUUAUUUCUACAAAAUGCAUGAUGACAUUCACCAUUAUCAUUCUUUUUACAGUCAGUACUGCUGCAUCUGGUGAAUCCUUUUCUUAUUGCUCUUCCUCGGUGAGAAUGGCAAGGAUUCGGAUUCCUAGCACAGUCGUUAUACUUUUUGUUACAGUUCAGACUGGAUUCUUACUCUUCAUGUUUGCCCGGUACAGUAGUUUCAUGCCUCAGGCGGAGAAACCAUCACAAGUCCACAUCCUCAUUCUCUCCUCCUGGCGGUCAGGAUCUUCUUUUGUCGGGCAGCUUUUCAGCCAGCACCCCAGCGUCUUCUACCUGAUGGAGCCAGCGUGGCACGUGUGGGUUACGAUGUCCCAGAACAGUGCCAAAGUCUUACACAUGGCAGUGCGGGACUUAGUCAGGUCGGUCUUCCUGUGUGACAUGUCUGUGUUUGAUGCUUACAUGCCUUGGAAAAGAAACUUAUCCGAUCUUUUCCAGUGGGCAGUGAGUCGGGCUCUGUGCUCAGCUCCUGCUUGUGACUCUUUUCAACGCACUGACAUUACCAGUGAAAUGGCCUGCAAGACUCUUUGUGGACGGUAUCCGUUCAGCAAGGUGGAGGAAGCCUGUAAAACUUACAGCCAUGUUGUCAUCAAGGAAGUUCGAUUCUUUGACUUGAAGGUCCUCUACCCUCUUCUCACUGACCCAUCCCUGAAUCUCAAAAUUAUUCACCUGGUCCGUGACCCCAGGGCAGUCGUUAAGUCACGGGAACAAUCAGUGAAAGCUUUAGCCCGUGACAAUGGAAUUGUCUUGAGUACCAAUGGCACUAAAGUGGAAGACAGCAAAUACAAAGUAAUGCAAGAGGUUUGUAGAAGUCAUGUUCAGAUUUAUGAAACGGCUACUCUAAAACCACCUAAUUUCCUUAAAAAUCGCUAUUUAAUGAUCCGUUUUGAAGAUCUGGUAAGAGAUCCAUUAUCAGAAAUCUCAGAAAUGUACAAAUUUGCAGAUCUUAAUUUGACCCCCAGGCUCAAAAGCUGGAUCUAUAAUAUCACACAUGGACAAGGACCAGGAAAAAAAAAAGAAGCCUUCAAAAUCACGUCUCGAGAUGCAGUUAGUGUUUCACAGGCCUGGAGAAACGUUCUUCCCUUUCAGAAAGUUAAGAAAGUACAGGAAGUUUGCAAAGGUGCUAUAAACAUGCUUGGCUAUCAGCUGGUGGAUUCCGAAAAAGAACAAAGAGAUCUGACAUUGGAUUUAGUGUUGCCAAGACGACAAAAUCAAUUUAGUUGGUUAUCAUUUAAUCCACAGCACUGAAACACUAUUUUUGAGAGAUGUGGGGGGGUGGGGCAGGGUAGAUGUUUGACUGUUUCUCUACUGCUCAGCGUAUAGUAAUUGGAAAAUCCUUGGCUGAUGACUUUAAGUGUCUUUCUGUCUACUACUUUUCCGUUAAUGGAAGGAGUAUUUUUUUCCUGAGUUUCUUACACCUCAAAAACAAAAAAAGGCAAGAUAAUUGUCAGAUUGCAAAUAUACAACUGAGCUGUGCUGCUUACAGCAUUGUUUAAAAGUACUAUAAUUUAAGUACUUUCUGUUAAAAGGUGAAUUUUCAAAGAUGUCUUUAUUGAUAAUAGUUCACUUCUGUUUUCAUGUUUUAUAUAUUUAAGAAUCACAGUUCUUUAUUUGUAUAAAUGGAAUGAAGUAGAUACUAAAUUCCUUCAUUCGACUUUCUUCUUUCCUUUAAAGUUGUUGUGCACUUGUGUAUUUUUUUUAGACUUCUUUAGAUGUUUUAAAUUUUUAACAUAAAAGUUUUCCAAAAGCUGGGGCAACCGCAGUAGUUCUGUUGUAAAGGGCUUAAACGGGAACUUAAUUUAUUGAUAGAUUUCAUAGUGGUUUCCUUGGAGUGGCAACUUUUACAAUCAGGUACUUGAAUGUGAUGUCGGCGUGGAGUGCAAAAAGCAAAAAUACAUGAAGAAGCUUGGAGCAGAAUCACAGCUGGUUAAUGGCGUCCCUGUCGCGUUCUGUGACACAGAGCAGGUGCAACACGCUUGCUCCUGCAGCGCAGUUACCCUCUGUGUUCAGGACACGACGCUGUCAGUGAAGAUGCCGGAGUUGGCCGGGACACGCUCGGACGGGCUCGCUCGGUCCCGGCGGGGGCUCCGGGCACGGCGGGGGGCAGAGGGCGCGUGCGCAGUGGCUCCCGAGCGUCUCCGGUACUGCGCUGAGAGCCGGGCAUGCGCAGUUCGCGGGGGGGGGGGGGGGGCAGUGCCGUGUUUGGGCGGCCUCUGCCGCCCCCCGGUGCCCGGCCCUCGGCACGGCUGGAGCGGACCCGCCGCUCCGGCACGGCGGGGUUGCUUCCCUGAGGGAGCGCAAAGCGCGGAACUGCGGCCCGGCUGCCACUCUGCUUUCGGGCGCCGGCCCUGGAGCCCGGGGGGCAGUGGGCGGGCCUGGGGGAGCGCCUGAAUGUGCCUGAAGAUGGAGCUUUGCUCGAGGAAGGUGCCGAGGGACGAGCCCUGUACCGAGGGGCAGCGGAGGAGAGGGGAGAAGCACCUGAGCAGGUUGGGCAGUGUGGGCACUGUUAGUUAAAUGCUGAUAAGGACGCUUGCUUUGAUUGCACCUGUACAUCAGAGUUCUCCCUUGGUUAUAAAAGCAAGAAGUCUCUCUACUGCCUGUACCAAAUGCACUCUUUUAUUUAAUUCACAUGUAAAAAGCCUACACAGACACACACAGGUAAAUCUUCUGGACUAACCUUAGCACAUUACAUUUCUGCCUGUAUCUUCUGGGCAUAAACUACAUAUUUCCAUUCCGAGACAUGCAGACUUUUGGUCUUGAAAAUGGAAACAUAAUGCAGUUUUGUUCCCAGCUGGCCACAAUUGCUCCUAAUCUAAAACAGGUCACUGUUCCAAAGGAGAAUCUGCACAGGCCCCAGUUCUAAUUUCUGGUUUUAUUUAUUGGUCUCUUGUGGUUAGUGAGAUAAAGUGAAUGGAAGGCAACAAGCAAGAACUAGCUGAGGCUUCUUUGCUUAUAACUGGGCACAGCAGAAAAAUCAUGAUCUUGAUAUUCCUGUUUCCACCUUUCCCUCUAGCGUUGUGCUCAGAAUGUUUUUCCUAAAUUUUGCAGUUAAUCAGGCAUGAUCACGGGAAGCCAUGACAUGCAGAGGAAUUCCAUUAAGCUGAGUUAGACUAUCCUCAGUCAGUAACAACUUGAAAUAAAUAAAUACCCUUUCAUAUGAGAAGAUGACUGUAUGCUUCUGGAAUAGAAAUCCAACUUAACUCUGGACUUUUUUAGGAAGGAAGAUCAGUAGCUUAUUCCAGAGUUACUAUUAAUUCUGGUGUGCGACUUUUUUUUCCCAAGGCAAUAUUAAAGAUCCUGAUCUCAGGAGGUGGAAAAUCCUGAACAGGAGUGAUGAUUCCUAUACCACAAUAUCCCUUAUAUUCAGCAGCCAUAUCUGAACUAGUUGCUAUCCAGGUGAACUGCCAUUUGGAUGAAGAAAAUUGCUGGGCUCUAGAUGUGAAUGAACUUUGCUGUGCCUUGAAUGAAGCCAAGGUGUAUUGCAACCCAAAACUCCUCUGCAUCAUCAACCCCAGAAAUCCCACGGGUCUGGGAACUUUGUUUAAUGGAUUGAUUUUAAGACCAAUUUUUUUUUCUUUUUCAUUCAUUUGACAUUGCAGGCAAAUCCUAAAUACACAUCAAAUAUGUAAAGCUGAAUUUUACAGUCAAUGCUCUAAGUAGGACAGUAUGUCAUAUUUUCAGAAAUAUUUUUUCAGUUUUGUGGAACUCCAGAGAGUGGGGAGCAGGUUCACUUCACUGGAUCCCAUUUGAAGCCACUGCUUCCACUGAACUUCUGCAGACUUGUGGAAUGACUUUCAGUCAUUCCUUUGGUCUUUAUGAAAGAUCUUGCUUCUGGCAUGGCCUGUAGCCUUUUGCUUCUCAGAGGCAAUGACUGUAGAUACUCUCUGAACUCCAUGGCAACCACUGCCUCCCUCAGAAUUUAGGUUUUUGAGUAGUUGAGAUUGAUCAGUGAGAAACUAGAUCCCAUUGACCUAUCAUGCAUGUGAGCAUUUAAAAUUAUAAGUUAUACACAGAGUACUCUUAAUAAGUCAUUGACUGAUUACUUUAUAUCACAUUUCCUUUGCUUGAGAUGGACUAAGUUACCUUGAACCAUCAUUCCUCCAAAAAUGCUCCCUAAUUUCAUACUUGGUGAAGUGAAUUCUUAAGUUCAGUAGCACUUUUCUGAGAAAGAGGGAUAUCUUGUUGAAAAGCUGGAAGUCUUACUAGGUCUGGGUGAAAAGAUAUAUAUCUAGAUACAUCUAGAUAUCUAGAUAUAUGUGCUCCACUAACUUUCUUCUUGCUUUAAAAAUCAUACUAUAGGACAGGUGCAAACCAGAAAGUGCAUUGAAGAUGUGAUACAAGAGAAACUUGUUCUUCUGGCUGAUGAGGUUUACCAGGACAAUGUGUACUCUGAAGGAUGCCAGUUCCAUUCUUUCAAAAAGAUUCUGUAUGAGGUGGGACCUGAGUACUAAAACAAUGUUGAGCUGGCCUCUUUUCACCUCUAAGGGAGUCAUGGGCAGGAGAAGGAGUCUGUUUUGAAUAGUCUUGCCAAGAAAGCCAAACUAACAGAAGACAUGUUUAACAAGAUACUAGGCAUUCACUGCAAUCCUCUUCAAGGAGCUAUGUAUGCUGUACCACAGAUCUUUAUUCCUUCCAAAGCCAUUGAGGAAGCAAAGGCUCAUGAAGUGACACCUAGUAUGUUGUAUUGCAUGAAACUUCUGGAAGAGACUGGAAUAUGUGUUGUACCUGGAAGUGGAUUUGGCCAAAGAGAAGGAACCCACCAUUUCAGUUACAGUUUCUGUUUGUUUGAAAUCAAAUUAACAGUAAUAAGCAAAGUACCAUCCAAAUACUUUCUCUUCUGAUUAAAUACAAGGAUUUUUAUUUCAGUGUACAUUGUCUCACUUUAAACUGGACAGUUUCUGAGAUCUGAUCUAGGCCAAAGACCUCAUCUGCUAGAUGAGCUAUUCAGGUUUUUGUGGUGUUUUCAUAGCUUGGUGACAUAAUUUUAUUCUAUUUUUAUACACUGGUAUUUGAAAUGCCUUCUCCAGGAAUACAAACAAUAAUAAUACCUUAGACUUUAAUCUUAAAAUUGGCUAUAGAAUUACAAAAAUUGCCCUGCAUUCUUUGGGAGGAGGGGGGAUUAAACAGUGUUUCCAUAUGGAGAAACUGCAUUAGAAGUGCAGUAUUUUCCCUAUAGAACUGCUCCUUAAAAACACUGAAUAACUUUUCACUUUGCCAAAACAAGAUGUUGAGCUAAAUAAUGCGAUACCAAAACUGUGAACAUAAACUCAGUUGCUUUUGCUUCCAAUAAGCAGCACUUUGCUCCAGGCAAGCCACUGAUAGCUGGAAUUUGUCAUGGAAUUUAGUCUUCUUCAGUCUGAAACAAUAUAACAGAAGGUAUCUUUAGCCUUGGUAGUUCUGCAACACAGCCAGCUGGGUGAGAUAUCUGGGUACAUACAGCUCCAGGAAAAGCCAGGGAGUCCAUUCCUGCACCAGUGUGGGAAAAACACUCUGUUCUGUAGGUCUUGCACACAAUCUGGGAUUUUCAUAUCAUGCAGGAGAAGGAAAAAAGAGACUAAAAACUGCAGAGUGGGAUGUUGCAUUGUUUUAAUGCAACUGAAUUCAGUUUUCAGUUAAAGAAGGAAUGUGCAUUUACUGAUAACUGCCCACUCCUAAAGCUUGAAAAGCUGGGUAUAAUUUGGCAUAACUGCCCAACUCUGGAAACCAAGUUGCUGUUGUUUCUUGCUGAUGACCUUCUUACCACUCAAUAGAAAAUAACAAUUCUUGAAUUCCUAUGAACUAAUCAAUUGAAACAAAUUGCUCUAGUUUAAUAGUAUAGUUCAAUUAAAGUAUAAAUGCAUGAAAUAAGAGAAUCACAUCAAAACAAGUAUUAACCUUAACAUGUUACUUGAUGUGCCCUGAGAUUAAUCAAGGUCUGGGCAAAGAUCACAGUUUAGUUUGUUUAGUUUGUUCUGCAGAUAAAAGUGGAUUGUUUUUUUUCUUUCUUUAAAUAUUUUUCAGAAUGACCAUUCUUCCUCCAGUAGAGAAGCUGAAGAUCCUACUGGAGAAAGUGAAAGACUUCUACAUAAAAUUUCUUGAAAAACAUGAAACUACUGUGGCUUUUUCCCCCUCAUCCCCUCCCUUUCAAAGCAAAUGAAGGCAAUGAACAAAGAUGUGCUGAGAAUGUGCUGUUCCUCUAAUUUAACUAAAUUCAAAACAGAUAGAACCAGUCUCAGAUACUGCUACAACUUAUUGGACUAUUAAAAGUUAAUGUCUCGUAUAGAAGACAUUUUUUUAAGGGGAAGGGGAAGAAUGUGAAGAAAGUGGUGAGAAGAAAGACUUAAUAAAUGUUUUUGUGCCUUGAUUGGAA